CCACUACAAAGAAUUUAUCUCACCAACCUGGUGGAAGCUCCGCUACUUAGGACUUGUGAUUGCCAGUAAGAAAACCAUGAAAAGCAGUGGAUCCCCUCAGCCUCCGGCCUAUGACAACCAGCAAGAGACCAGAGAGUUUAUGGUUCUCCCGUCACAACCACAGUCCACAGUGGUGAAUAUUCAGCCCUCUGAGGAGCCCCAAAAAGAUCACCUGGUGUGGUCCAUUUUCAAUCUUGUCUACUGCAACUUCUGCUGCUUGGGAUUGCUCGCUCUUCUGUUUUCUGUCAAGUCCCGGGAUCGGAAGCAGUUCAGAGACACGAGUGGGGCCAAGCAUUACGCCACCACAUCCCGAUCUCUCAACAUCGCCACCACUGUCCUUAGCAUCCUCUGUUUUCUCAUCUUCAUCAUCCUUUAUUUUGUCGGAAUCUUCGCAAUACGCCACUAGGCGCCGGCCCACCACUUCUCCACAACAGAUCCAAUGCAAUGGAGAAGAUGCUUGAUGAUCAUCAUGGGACUGGUCUAUAUUAAACCGUAUAAUUUCACUAUAAGCAGAGUUCAUCAGUGAUUCCAUUCACACUAUUCACUCUCUGCCAUUCUUGUUCUUCUCAGGCAGUAGUUUCCCACCUUGCCGAUAUUGUUUUAGUUCUGCUUAGUGCACCCCUCACACAAUGUCCAACUUACAUUAUUAUCACAGGGCCCAUGUUGUUCCUUUAUAUGAAUAUUUUAAUGGCAACUAUAUAAUUACAUGUAUUCCCAUUUCUUUUUAUAGCUUUUCCCAUCCUGCCAAAGAUAUAAUCUUGCCCACUAGCAGCACUACAUUUAAAUGUCCAACCAUAGUUAAUAUCCCUAUGUUAGGUUAGUCUGCUCUUUAUGGGGAGUGUUUUACCUUGCUAUAAGAUGUGCCAUGUUAUAAAAUAUUCAAUAAAAUGUUGCUUAGUU